AUGGACGAGCCGCUUCAGUUCGUCCCGUUCACGUCCGAGAUAGAGCUGCCGUUUUACUCGGCGCUCUUCUCGUCCAAGCUUGAAUACGACAAGCUCGACGACUCUGCGCGCGGCAUAGUGGGCGUGUACGAGGCGCGGGACGUGGAACCAGAUGCGAGCUGCAAGCUCCAGAUCCUCGGCAGCGCCUUGACGAACACAGAGUGGCUGACAUGUGCCCAUAGUCCUCCUCUCGGAAAAGCAAGAGCCGAAGGCAUCAUCAGGAAUGUCAACACCAUCGAGGACUUCCGCAAGACCGACAAGGCCGCCAUGUUGAAGCUGGCCGGCAGGCAGAUAUGGGACGCCAUCAAAGACGGCAGCAUAUACUCCGUUCCUUCGCUACUAUCCUCGUUCAUCAUCCUGUCAUAUGCCGAUCUUAAGAAAUACAAGUUUAUAUACUGGUGCGCAUUCCCUGCGCUGCACUCGGAUGCGCAAUGGAAGCGCUCCGGGCCAAUUCAACGACUCACCUCGGACGAGUCCACGGCACUGCUGGACCGGGUGGGAACAUGGCGAUACAGCGUGGACAAGCGCGAGCACGGGUUCUUCUUGGCCAAGAAGGUCUGGGGAGACAAGCCCCAGGAUCUGCAUGAGCAUGACCCGGCGCACAAGAUUCCAUACCGGUGGGAGGUGGCUUCGCUGCGGCAGUUUGAAGAUGGCUUUUUCGACGGUGUUGCGGAGGAGGAUCGAUUCGUCACAUUCCUGGACCCAUCUACUUUCCCCGAAGGCCCCUCGUGGCCGUUGCGCAACCUGUUAAUCUUGAUCCGCCAUCGAUUUCGUCUGUCCAAUGUCAACAUCUUGUGUUUCAGAGACGAAUGGUCCAGACGGCAUGAAGCUAAAAGCAUCAUUAUCCCGAUCAAGAUGGACCCGGUCGACGAUAUGGAGAUUAAGGAGAUGCCCAAGGUUACAGGCUGGGAGCGGGCAAAGAACGGCAAACUUCAGGCGCAGCUGGCCAAUCUGGGAGAAUAUAUGGAUCCAUCUCGAUUGGCUGAUUCUGCGGUAGAUUUGAACCUCAAGUUGAUGAAGUGGCGUCUGGCCCCGGACCUGAACCUCGACAUCAUCAAGAACACGAAAUGCCUGCUGUUAGGUGCCGGAACGCUGGGUGGAUAUGUCUCAAGGAAUCUGCUGGGCUGGGGCGUCAGGAAAAUCACAUUUGUCGACUACGGCAGCGUAUCCUUCUCGAAUCCAGUUCGCCAGCCGCUUUUCGAAUACGAUGACUGCCUCAACGGCGGGAAGCCAAAGGCAACCCAAGCUGCCGAGAUGUUGAAGAGGAUAUAUCCGGGCGUGGACGCCGAGGGCCACUCCUUGUCUGUGCCGAUGCUUGGCCAUCCGCUCACUGAUGAAGCGAGGACGAAAGCCGAAUACGAUAUGCUCGAAUCCCUGAUUGACGCUCAUGACGUCGUCUUCUUGCUCAUGGACACCCGCGAAUCCCGAUGGCUGCCGACAGUGAUGGGAAAGGCCAGGGGCAAGAUUGUCAUGAAUGCCGCUCUUGGGUUUGACUCGUACGUAGUCAUGCGACACGGCGCUGAGCCUACAGAGGAGGGCAAGGAGUCGCUCGGCUGCUACUUUUGCAACGACGUUGUUGCUCCUGCUGAUUCUAUGAAAGAUCAGACCCUUGACCAGCAGUGCACUGUGACGCGCCCCGGAGUCGCCGCCAUCGCCUCAGCACUCUUGGUUGAGCUCCUGACAAGCCUUCUGCAACACCCACUCAAGCACAGUGCCCCAGCACCUCAGCCAAGGCCAGGCGUCACCCUCGAAAGAGAUCCCCCCAACCACCCUCUCGGUCUCGUACCGCAUCAAAUCCGAGGCUAUGUAUCCACCUUCCAGAACAUUGUCAUUCGCGGGCAGUCAUACGACAGCUGCAGCGCGUGCAGCCCCAAGAUACUAAACGCCUUCCGCACCGACGGGUGGGAAUUCGUAAAGAAGGCUCUCCAGGAGAAGGACUACGUGGCUGAACUGUCUGGGCUUGCGGAAGUGCAGCGCAAGGCUGAGGAACUGGAGGCCCAGCUGGAUUGGGACGACGACGAGGAGGCGGCUGACGAGGGCGAUGGAGAACUGCUCUGAUUCAUCUUCGCCAACCUUUCCUCAAUCACGGAAUCACUGACAGUUUUACAGUGGCAAGUUUUCUAUGUUUGGGUUCUUUUUGUCUUCUGGUAUUGGAGUAGGUUUCUUGGUAGAAACGGCGUUGGUCUUUCUGUCUCUUACGGAGUACUCACUUCUUGUUCGAACAUCUCAUAUCCCCAGGAGGAUACGUCAGGAGGAUGCACAUGCCGUCUCCCUGAGUACUUGGUUAUGGCAUACUUACUUACCCUCUUGUAUAUAGGAGCU